AUGGACCGAUAUGAACGGCGGAACCAACGCCGGUUUGCUUAUGUGAAGAAGCUUCUGAGUUUUGUGGCCCCACCUAUGGAGGUGCCAGAGAUCUCCACAUCCACCUCGAACCUGAGUGAAGAUAGCAUCCUUGAAAGGGAUAGUGGAAGUCCUGGUCCCGACCACCCCUUGCGCCUCACUAAUAGCACGGAGGACCCCACGCAGCAUAUUCACAGAAGAAAAAAAAGAAAGAAAAGAGAAAGAAGGAAAGAGAGAUGGGGGACCGAAGGAAGAGAAGAAAGGGAGUGGGGAGAAGAGAGGGAGACGGUGCCGGUGGGCAUCACUGCCACCGUUGCCGUCGCUGUGCCGUCGGGAGGGAGAUCUGAGAGAGCGAGCACAGAGUUGAAGGAGCAGAGAAGCCGCGCCGCCGCUGCACCAUGCCUCGCGAACCAUUGCCGCGUCGUGUCUAUCGCCGUCCUCGCAGGCUCUUAUCACAGCCACUGUCCCCGCCGUGAAGUCCGUCGCCGUUGCUGCAGCUGUCAGCGCCGUCGUCCAUGGGUGAGGCAGAGGAGAGAGAUCCGGGAGGAAGGGAGGAUCGGGACCUGUCCAGCCACCGCGCACAGUUGCCGCACCUAUCACCGGCCAUCCUCAUCAAAUCCGCCGCCUCCGAAGCUUCUGGCCGUGACUUCUGACCGCGCCUCUGCCGCCGGAGAGCGCUGCUGCCACCGAAAACCGCCUUUGAAGCCUGUGUAUGUUGGAAACUGCCGCCGGAACCCCUGUCUUCUUGGUUUGGAUUCCGGUAUUUGCGCGUCGAAAUUAAGGUUGUUAUUGAACCACCGGAGCUUCGGGGAGUGCCGGAGCUGCCGCCUGAUCGGUUCAGAGGGUCACUGCUGCUUUGUUUCUCGUGAAAAGUGUUGUUGCCGCGAUUCUUGAUCCCGCUGUUGAUAUUGUCUGAAAAUAAACAAGGUU